UAGUCGCACUAUUGGCAUCGGCCCUGGAGACUUUGCUAUUAUUGGCCCGAGUUGGAAUGGCAAGUUACCUCAGGGCAUCAAAGAAUACAAAUCGCCAACGAAUAUGGUUUGGAUUAUCGGUCGAACGCAGACUAAUUACAAUGAUAUUUCAUCAGUCCAUGCCAUCCAAGAUCAAUAUAAGCUUACUCUGUUGAGUGACUGGAGUAACUCGUAUGUACCAUCUAAGAAUGUUGCACCUGUGACCAAGAAAGAUGAUGAAAGUGACAAACCACCAGUUCAACAAAUAGCUGAUUUGGACACAUCUACUUUUUUUAAUUACCUGAAUACUCUUAUGGUGAAUAAUCCACCAGCUGACGCCGAUGCAAAUGCUAUGAAACUGUUUAGUCAAAUCUGUGUAGCACCAGGUCAGCACUUUGAUUUGACACAUUUUAGCAAUGAUGUGGCUGAAGCAAUCAAACGUGGUGCCUGUGAAGGGUUGAAUAAGAUUACAUCAACCAUAUCUUCAGGAUCUAUUAAUAACUGGUCAGUGAUGAUAGAUAAUAUGGGCCAAUAUGGAACAGAUUAUUUGUUUAGAGCAUAUGUUGCCUUUAUGGGACUAGGUGCUAAUUUGCCUAAAGACGCUGUCUAUGCGAGUUGUCGAAUAGAUCACGAUGGUAAUCAAUUAACUGGAAAAAAUAAAAAUCGCUACACUAUCAGCUUUGCUCGAGGAGAGACGCCACCAGUUAAAGCAUUUUGGUCAUUAACCAUGUAUAAUGAUCAACAGUUCUUUGUAUCUAACAAACUUAGUUGCUAUGCACUCGGCAGCCGAGAUGAUCUUAAAUAUAAUUCCGACGGCUCUUUGACGUUUUAUCUACAGAAUGAUGAACCUGAUAAUAGCGAAAU